AACCAGGCAGAAGCCCACUACAAGGGCCACAAGCAUGCACGGAGGCUGAAGGCCAUUGAGGCCAUGAAGAACAAGCAGAAGGUGGUGGGGGCUGCGGCAGGGACCCCCAGCCAGGACAGCACAGCUGAGCUGGACCCCAGCCCAGAGGGCUGCGUGGAGCCUGGCAGCACAGUUGACGCCAGCAGCCCACAGGAGCCAGAGGGUGAGGGCAGCAGCCUGGGGCUGGCACCUGGCACCGAGGAAUCGCCCGUGGAGCUGCCAGGCAGUGUCGCCCCCCUGGGCUCCCCUCCAGCCUCCGAGCUGUCGGAGGGCACCUCGGACGCCACCAGCGUGGCCUCCUCGUCCGCCCAGGCAGCAGAGGCACAGGCAGCCGAGUCAGGCAGCAGCAUCAGCUCGGUCCCUGAGAGCGAGAAGGAGGUGAAGAAGAGCAAACAGCACCU